AUGUGGGUUGUGGCAUUGUCAUCUGGAUUGGCAUCGGCUGUUAGGGUGGGACCGGUGUUGCGACAUGGGUGUUUGCCGUUGACGGCGCAAGCGGUGGUUGAGACGUCUGCAUCGGAAAAUAGAAACCCUAACCAACAACCCCUCAACCCUCACCUCGUUCUCUCAGGUUUAGCCUCGCAGUGUCGCACCAGUGCAUUAUUGUGCACCACCGCUGCACCUCACGUCCUCAGAAGGAACAAGGAAGGUAGCAAAAUCGACAACUUUGGAAGUUUUAGUGGCUGA